AUGCAGCAGCCUGAGGAGGGUGUGACGGCCGUUGAAAAGGUGGUGGAGGACCCUCCGCUUAACGAGAAGCCCAUCGAAAAGCGUGAUUCCGACUCCGCUUCCACGUCGACAAAACUCGAAUCUAAGACUCCAGUCGCGGAAGACGAUGAUGCGCUCUAUGCUCACUUGCCGGAGCAUGAAAAGGACAUCCUGAAACAACAGCUGGAUGCACCUCUGGUUAAUAUCUCCUACUUCGGUCUCUAUCGAUAUGCCUCCCACACCGACAUACUCAUCCUUGUCGUCAGCGCACUCUGUGCCAUCGCCGCCGGUGCUGCUUUGCCCCUCUUUACUAUUCUCUUUGGCUCCUUGGCCACUGUUUUCCAAAAGGUGAUGCUCCGCACCAUCUCCUACGAUGCUUUCUACGACCAGUUGGUUCACAAUGUCUUGUACUUUAUCUACCUCGGUAUUGGAGAAUUCGUCACCAUCUACGUCAGUACCGUGGGCUUCAUCUACACGGGAGAGCACGUCACCCAGAAGAUUCGAGAGCACUAUCUCGAAGCUAUCCUGCGCCAGAACAUCGCAUAUUUCGACAAACUUGGUGCAGGUGAAGUCACUACCCGUAUCACAGCCGACACCAAUCUCAUUCAGGAUGGUGUCUCCGAAAAGGUCGGCUUAACCUUGACUGCCGUCGCCACCUUCGUGACUGCCUUCAUCAUUGCAUACGUCAAGUAUGCCCGCUUGGCUGGUAUAUGUACUUCAACUAUGGUCGCGCUGGUAUUGAUCAUGGGUGGAGGUUCCCGAUUGAUCAUCAAGUACGGCAAGCUGUCCCUGGAAAGCGCCGGUGCCGGUGGAACUGUGGCAGAGGAAGUCAUCAGCUCAGUCCGCAAUGCGACCGCAUUCGGUACUCAAGACAAACUCGCGAAACAGUACGAGUCUCACUUGCUUCGCGCGGAGCGCUGGGGUAUGCGCCUGCAAAUGAGUCUCGCCGUGAUGGUCGGUAUCAUGUUUGGACUCAUGUUCAUGAACUACGGCCUCGGAUUCUGGAUGGGCUCGCAAUACCUAGUCCAGGAGAAGGUGAAUGUCGGACAAGUUUUGACGAUUCUGAUGGCUAUUCUUAUCGGAUCGUUCUCACUUGGCAAUGUCAGCCCCAACGCCUCGGCAUUCACCAAUGCUGUGGCUGCCGCUACCAAGAUCUUUGCGACCAUCGACCGUGUCUCUCCGUUAGACCCCACUUCCGAUGAAGGCAUCGUCCUGGACCACGUCGAGGGUCACAUCGAAUUCCGCAACGUGAAACACAUAUACCCCUCCCGUCCCGAAGUUACAGUCAUGCAGGACGUCUCCCUCGCCAUGCCUGCUGGUAAGACUACCGCAUUGGUCGGCCCCUCGGGAUCUGGCAAGAGUACUGUCGUCGGUCUCGUCGAGCGGUUCUAUCUUCCAGUUGGUGGUCAGGUGUUCUUGGACGGCCAUGACAUCCAGACUCUUAACUUGCGAUGGCUACGCCAGCAGAUCUCGCUGGUCAGCCAGGAACCUGUUCUCUUUGGUACAACUAUCUAUCAGAACAUUCGCCACGGUCUGAUUGGAACACGCCUCGAGCAUGAAUCCGAAGGAAAGAUCAAGGAGCUCAUUGAGAAUGCUGCCAAGAUGGCCAACGCUCACGACUUCAUUACUGCUCUUCCCGAAGGUUAUGAAACCAACGUCGGUCAGCGUGGAUUCUUGCUGUCUGGAGGCCAAAAGCAACGUAUUGCCAUUGCUCGUGCUAUGGUUAGCGACCCCAAGAUUUUGCUCCUGGAUGAAGCCACUUCCGCCCUGGAUACUAAGUCGGAGGGAGUUGUCCAGGCAGCGCUUGAUCGCGCUGCUGAGGGUCGCACCACCAUUGUCAUUGCCCAUCGUCUGUCCACGAUCAAGUCCGCUCAUAACAUUGUCGUCUUCGUCAACGGAUCGAUUGUUGAGCAGGGCUCCCACGACCAGCUGACUGAACAUGACGGUCCUUACUACAAACUCGUCGAGGCCCAGCGUAUCAAUGAGGAGAAGGACACAGAUGCAUUAGACGUAGAUGGGGAUGAUGAUGAGGAUAGCAUUGAGCACAUGACCAAAUCUCACAUCGCACGUGUCAAGUCAAUUGCCAGUGGCUCAACCAGCUUGAAGGACGAGGGCGAAACAUUCCAAGGAGCCAUGCAGCGCCAGGAGUCUCGCAAGUCCGUGUCCAGUAUCGUUCUCGCGCAGAAGACUGCUGAAGGCGGCAAUAAGUACUCGCUUUGGACUCUGAUCAGGUUUAUCGCCUCGUUCAACAAGGAAGAGCGGUUGGUCAUGGUCAUCGGUCUUUGCUUCUCGAUGCUUGCCGGCUGUGGUCAACCCACUCAAGCUUUCUUGUAUGCCAAAGCCAUCAGCUCACUUUCCCUACCUAAAGACCAAUAUGCCAAGCUGAGAUCAGACGCCAACUUCUGGUCCCUGAUGUUCUUUAUUGUUGGUAUCGUUCAAAUCAUCACGUUCUCUGUCCACGGUAUCGCCUUUGCGUUUAGCUCCGAGAGAUUGAUCCGCAAGGCCCGCAGCAAGGCUUUCCGAGUCAUGCUCCGUCAGGAUAUCAACUUCUUCGAUCAUGAGAAGAAUAGCACCGGUGCUUUGACUUCCUUCCUCUCGACUGAAACUAAGCACUUGUCCGGUAUCAGUGGUCAAAUUCUUGGAACCAUUCUCAUGACUUCUACAACUCUCAUCGCCUCAAUUGUGAUCUCGCUUGCUUUCGGAUGGAAGCUUGCCCUCGUUUGCAUUUCUGUCGUUCCGGUUCUCCUCGGCUGUGGAUUUUACCGAUUUUACAUGCUUGCCGAGUUCCAGGCACGCUCUAAGACCGCCUAUGAAGGAUCAGCCAGCUACGCCUGCGAGGCUACAUCUGCCAUUCGCACUGUGGCUUCGCUUACCCGUGAGAACGAUGUUUGGGCAUUCUAUCACGCUCAGCUCGAUCGCCAGGGUCGCACAAGCUUGAUCUCGGUAAUUAAGUCGUCAACCUUGUAUGCAGCUUCCCAGGCCUUGGUAUUCUUCUGUGUCGCCCUCGGCUUUUGGUAUGGUGGAACUCUGCUUGGCCACCACGAAUACGACAUGUUCCGCUUCUUCGUCUGCUUCAGUGAAAUUUUGUUCGGUGCUCAAUCCGCUGGCACAGUGUUUUCCUUCGCCCCGGACAUGGGCAAGGCCAAGAACGCUGCUUCCGAGUUCCUCAGGCUGUUCGAGCGUCGGCCCACUAUUGAUACAUGGGCCGAAGAGGGCGAGAAUCUGACCCACUGCGAGGGAACCAUUGAGUUCAAGGAUGUGCACUUCCGCUAUCCUACCCGCCCCGAACAGCCCGUGCUCCGCGGUCUGAACCUUACCGUCAAGCCUGGUCAAUACAUUGCCCUUGUCGGACCCAGCGGAUGCGGCAAGAGUACCACUAUUGCCCUUCUCGAGCGUUUCUACGAUGCCCUUUCCGGUGGUGUCUACGUGGAUGACAAGAACAUCGCCGACCUCAAUGUCAAUUCCUACCGCAGCCACCUGGCGCUGGUCAGCCAGGAGCCCACUCUCUACCAGGGUACUAUCAAGGAGAACAUCUUGCUUGGUAGCCCCAACGAGGAUCCCACCGAGGAGGAGCUAGUCCAGGUUUGCAAGGACGCCAACAUCUAUGACUUCAUCAUGUCUCUCCCCGAGGGCUUUAGCACCGUCGUUGGCAGCAAGGGAGGCAUGUUGUCCGGUGGCCAAAAGCAGCGUGUUGCCAUCGCUCGCGCCCUUCUCCGCAACCCCAAGAUCUUACUUCUGGAUGAAGCCACCUCGGCCCUCGACUCUGAGUCUGAGAAGGUCGUCCAGGCUGCUUUGGAUGCUGCUGCCCGCGGUCGUACUACUAUCGCUGUUGCUCACCGUCUCAGCACCAUCCAAAAGGCCGAUAUCAUCUAUGUCUUCGACCAAGGCAAGAUUGUCGAGAGCGGUACCCACACUGAGCUCUCACGCAACAAGGGUCGCUACUUCGAGCUUGUCAACCUCCAGUCCCUUGGCAGGGCCGCCUAG